AGGUGCUCACAUCUGGACUUCUGGGUGGUUGCGCGUACCCCGUCCUCAGUCUCGAUGUUGUUAACGGUCAUGCACUGGUGGCGCUGGAAAAUCCAUGGCCUCAAGGCAAGUGGAAUGGCAGCUGGGGACCAGACAGCUUGGAGGUCCUUCGGUGUGGCCUGAAGCAGCAGCCUGGUAACACGUUUUGGAUGAGCAUUCAGGACUUUUGCCAGCACUUCACGGACGUGACAGAGGCUCGACUGAUUCCAUCUUCGUGGCAGUCAGCCAUGGUAUCUAUGUCGGAGGAGAGACCUAGCUACCCAUUGGUCUCCGUGUCUUCGCCGACCCAGGCAAUUUUUUGCCUUACCCAAGCUGAUUCGCGACUGAGAACAAACAGGAACUUUGCUGCUAUUGGGCUUCGAGUGUACCGAUGUCGCAUCGUGGCUCCUCCCCAGCACUCAACAGGUGCAAAGCAGAACGUCUCCAACCCGUUCAAACCUUUGGAACUCCUGGCAGAAAAGCUUGCAAGCAAGG